CGAACAAGGUGCUGUAGCACCAGCACGCCACCGAGCAGUUCCUCUCGGCAAGCUGGCCGGUACCUGAAUAUUCAGCAAGGACGUAACACCAGUAGGCUUCAUGAUAAAAAUGGAGUUAGACAGAUAGCUAAACGACUAAAGAAUUGGACCUGCGAGGGUAACCGAGUCGAACUGAUGUUUCGUGCGUAACCCUUUCUUGUGCGUAUUUUCUAUAUUUGAAUCCCAAAAAAAUAAAUACGAUAAAACAUACUACGGCUCAUAUGUCUGUAAAUUAGUAAAAAAAACUGUCACGUCUACAACUGUCUUGCAUGCAGGGCAUAUCUGAACAGGAGUCGAUCAAUCACACUGUAGGCAAUUUUUCCACGUUGCGCGCCUGCUGCUGUGGUGCUGCUGCCUUUGCCGUUCGGUCCGGUCUAGACUGUUCCAAGCCCCGGUGGAUUGCCCUGCCAACUGAACCGCAGCCAUGGGAGGGAAUUUGGGGUGCCACCGCUCGAUCCCUAAAGACCCUACGGAUUUAAGCAACAGCAAGCGCAAGUUUAGCGCCGCGUGCAACUUCAGCCACAUCCUCGUGAACCAAGAGCGGUUGAAUAUCAACACCGCCACGGAGGAGGAGCUGAUGACUCUACCGGGAGUGAACCGCACGGUAGCGCAGAAUAUCGUGGAGUACCGGGACUGCAUUGCGGGGUUUAAAAAGGUAGAGGACUUGGCUCUCGUGAGCGGAAUCGGUGCUGGCAAACUGGAGAUCAUCAGACUGGAGAUAUGCGUCUCGAGCAGGACGAGUUCUUCCCAACACUCGCCGUCGUCUCUGCGUAAAGACUUCGAACCCCACCUGUCAUGCACAGGUAUGAACAUUAACACCGCCACACCGGCGCAGCUCAUGAGCAUCCGUGGCAUCACGGAUAAAAUAGCGAAGAACAUAGUAGAAUACCGGAUAGAAAACGGUCCGUUUAAAAGCAUCGAAGACUUGGUGAGGGUCAGUCACAUAAACUCUUCCCUAUUGGACAAAAUUCGCUUCCAAGUGUUUGUGGAGCGUUCCAGAACACCUUCCACCAAUACUAACGGGGGGUUGGCAUACACUACCAAGUCUCACCCGAGCCCCACAUCGUUCAGUCUCUGGAGUGAGGACAUGGAGCUUCCACCCUGGGGGCCGACUCGGAUCAUGUCUGUGCGGCCCAACGUGGAGCCGCCGUCGGGGAUGCGGGACGGGAAAGCGGUGGUCAGGGUGGCUACCUGGAACCUCCAGAACUGCUCCUGUGAAAAGGCCAACAACCCGGGCGUCAAAGAGGUCGUGUGUAUGACAUUGCUUGAAAACGACAUCAAGUUACUGGCAGUCCAAGACCUGGUAGAUCGGGAGGCCCUUGACAAGUUCUGUGUGGAACUGAACCAGGGCUCGUUGGACAGCGUGAGGAAGUGGAGAGGACCACGGGGAGUCUGGAAGAGUACCGUCUCUGAGAAACACACAGGACUGUCCAACGAGGGAGUCAGUUAUUCUGGGUUCCUGUGGGACAGCUCUUCUGGGAUCGACCUGAAAGAUGCUUCCGUCGUGGAGAGUCCUGUUGUCAACGGCAAUGGGAAACACCCCCACCCCCGGCCUUAUCUUGCCCACUUUUAUAUUGGAAAGUCUGAGCUGACGAUAGUCAAUAUCCACAUGAGAGCUCCGGCUGUGUCUGGGGCUGAGGAGUCCAACGGUAGGAACCACCACUCUGAGGAAGUCAAGGCCCACAGACAUACCUCUAGUAUCCAGGACGCACUGAAAGGUCAGAAGGGCCUGGUGGUGUUAGGGGACUUUGGCCUGCCCCCCCAGAGCAGUGAGUUGGACCAGCUGAGGAAGGAGAGGCUGAGCCCCCUGGUGCCCCCCAACAUGUUCACCAACAUCAGCACCCGCUCCCCCCAGGGCUCCCUCUGUCUGGACAACAUCUGGGUCAGCAAGUCACUGAAGAAGAUUUAUGCAGGUCACUGCCUGGUGGUGCGGGAGGGCCUGACCAACCCCUGGAUACCUGACAACUGGUCGUGGGGCGGGGUGGCGUCUGACCAUUGUCCUGUCAUGGCAGAGUUCUUCGUGGACGUUGCGCCGAAGGAGCUGAGAAACAGAGUUGCCGUGGUAGAGAGAGGAGAAAGUAUGUCGAAACACGAACGGUGACAGCCGCUUGCGGUCGCCAAGGACAUACAGAUGUGCCGUUGUGGAGGAAGAUUGUGACACGGUGUAGGUGACAUCAUGACAUGUCAAACUGACCUGACUUUGCCCUGGACUGGAUCCUGCUUUGGUCUGGUUUUUGCAGUGGAGCAAAGGGUGGAUUUACCUGACAAAUGUGAAUUGAAGCACAGAGAUUGCCUUUUAUCAAUGUACAGUAGAGACUAUCAUGACAUUGUUUUGGAGUAAAUCAUUUAAAAGAGGUGUGUGUGUAUGUAUGUGUAUGUUAUAGACAGACAUGAGUGUGCCAAAACAUUUAAAAAAUGUAUAUGAAAUAAAAGGAAAUUAAUAGACAUUC